AUGCAGUGGGCGAAGGUGCUGGGGGUGGUGGUGGGGGCUGCCGCCGUCUUGGCGCUGGGGAUCAUCCUGGGCCACUCUGCCAUCCCCAAAGGGGCUGACCCAGUGGUCCUCCAGGACCUGGACCUGGAGAUUCUGAACAGUGUCAUAGGACAGCUGGAGGCCAGCAGGAUCCAGGAGAACCUGAGAGAACUCUCCAGGGAGCCGCACCUGGCUUCCACUCCCCAGGAUGAGGCCCUGGUCCAGCUGCUGCUGCAGCGCUGGAGGGACCCAGAGUCGGGCCUGGACGCGGCCGAGGCCUCCACGUACGAGGUGCUGCUGUCUUUCCCCAGCCAGGAGCAGCCCAACCGUGUGGUUGUGGUGAACUCCCCCGGGACCGUCCUUUUCUCCUGCCGCCGGACUGAGGAGAACCUCACUGGCGAGCAGGGGGGGCCCGAUGUGGUACCACCGUAUGCCGCCUAUGCUCCCCCUGGGACCCCGCAGGGCCACCUCGUCUAUGCCAACCGGGGCUCAGAAGAAGACUUUAAGGAGCUACGGACUCAGGGCAUCGAGCUCAACGGCACCAUUGCCCUGACCCGCUACGGGGGUGUAGGGCGCGGGGCAAAGGCAGUGAACGCAGCCAGUUAUGGGGUGGCCGGGCUGCUAGUGUACACGGACCCCGCCGACAUCAACGACGGCCAGAGCUUGCCCAACGAGACUUUCCCCUACUCAUGGAAGCUGCCUCCCUCGGGGGUAGAGCGAGGCUCCUACUUUGCAUACUUUGGCGACCCCCUGACUCCCUACCUUCCGGCCACCCACUCCUCCUUCCGCCUGGACCCUGCCUCUGCCCCUGGAUUUCCCCCAAUUCCCUCCCAGCCCAUUGGCUUCGAGGAUGCAAAAGUCCUACUCUGUAACCUCAAGGGAAACUUGGCACCGGUCACCUGGCAGGGAGCCCUGGGCUGUGACUACAGAUUGGGGCCUGGCUUCCAGGCUGAUGGGGACUUCCAGGCAGACAGCCAGGUGAACAUGAGUGUGUACAACCGCCUGGAGCUUCGGAACUCCUCCAACGUCCUGGGGAUCAUCCGCGGGGCUGUGGAGCCUGACCGCUACGUGCUGUAUGGAAACCACCGGGACAGCUGGGUGCAUGGGGCUGUGGAUCCCAGCAGCGGCACUGCUGUCCUCCUGGAGCUGUCCCGCGUCCUGGGGACCCUGCUGAAGAAGGGCACCUGGCGUCCCCGCAGAUCAAUCGUGUUAGCCAGCUGGGGGGCCGAGGAGUUUGGGCUCAUUGGCUCCACAGAAUUCACGGAGGAAUUUUUCAGUAAGCUGCAGGAGCGCACUGUGGCCUACAUCAACGUAGACAUCUCGGUGUUUGCCAACGCCACCCUGAGGGUGCAUGGGACGCCUCCAGUCCAGAGCGUCAUCUUCUCUUCGACCAAACAGAUCCCCGCCCCAGGCCUUGGAGGGCUCACCAUCUAUGGCAACUGGAUCCGGCACCUGAACCGCAGCAGCUCGGUGUAUGGCGUGGUCCCCAGGUUGACCCCUCUGGGUGCCGGCAGCGACUAUGCACCCUUCCUUCACUUCCUGGGCAUCUCCUCCAUAGACAUUGCCUACACCUAUGACACAAGCAAGACCUCCGCCCGGAUCUACCCCACCUACCACACAGCCUUCGACACCUUCGAUUAUGUGCAGAAGUUCGUGGACCCUGGUUUCGGCUGCCACCGGGCGGUGGGCCAGACAGCAGGCAGCGUGCUGCUCCGGCUCAGUGACAGCCUCUUCCUGCCUCUCAACGUCAGCGACUACAGCGAGACCCUCCGCAGCUUCCUGCAGGCUGCCCAGCAGGACCUCAGGGCCCUGCUGGAGCAGCACAACAUCGACCUGGGGCCCCUGGUGAGCGCGGUCGAGAAGUUUGAGGAGGCAGCUGCAGCUCUGAACCAACGCAUGCUAGCACUGAAGGAGGGCAGCCCCGACCCCCUGCAGGUCCGGAUGUUUAACGACCAACUGAUGCUCUUAGAACGGGCCUUUCUGAACCCUCGAGCCUUCCCAGAGGAACGCUACUACAGCCAUGUGCUCUGGGCACCCCGCACGGGAGGAGUGGCCACAUUCCCAGGCCUGGCCAAUGCCUGCUCCAGGGCCAACAACACAGCUCCAGGAUCUGCAGCCUGGGCUGAGGUGCAGCAGCAGCUCAGCAUCGUGGUGACGGCCCUGGAGGGCGCAGCAGCCACCCUGAGGCCUGUGGCUGACCUCUGACACCAGCCCUCUUCAUUCAGCUCCCCCCAACACCCUU